UUUGGCAGAAAGUUUAUUGGUAAGAUAAAAAUAUUUAAACUCUUGAAACAGCAUAAUAUUGUUGCUAUUUUCAGCUAUUCAAAUAUGCCGAAUUCCAACGGGGAAAAUGAUUCCGUUCGAUCCGAGGAAGAGCAAGAUUACCCAGAGGAGCGAUUAAUUGAUUCCGAUGCAGAAGAAUGUGGUAUGGAACUGGAUGAGGAUGUCGCUGUCAAAGCUGAAUCGGACGGUGUUCUUGCGGAAUCGACUGCACCAAGCGAUGAAGAUGAGCCAUCUCUAUUUAUAGUGAGCCUGAUCGUUUCGCUACGCGAUUUCAAGGGGCAAACUUCAGCCGGGGAACUGGACACAUGGAUGAUUUGUGCAAACAGCGUCGAAGAAUUUCUUCACAGUGUUUGGGAACAAUCCAAGAAGCACCUCGUACGUCAUGUCGUAACAGUGUGUGAUGAUGACGGUAACAUCACCUAUGGCUGGAAUCCGAAUAAAGUGAUCGACGAGAUUGAUUUUGUCAAUUUUGCGUUGUUCUACGACAAGCAGAAUCGGCGAACCGUGUCAGUAGACAAAUUGACUACCAACAUUCUUCAAAACUGGAGAACGAAAUAUGUCGUAGAACUGUUGCUACACCGAUAUUCGCUAACCGUGAACUCGAAAACAGUGUGGAAGAAAGUGGAAAAAGCGCUGACUGAGGUCAUCUCCAAGAACCAGGGUGGUGCCGCGACGACAGAGUAUGCCCAAGAGCUUGCAAACGAUCUACGUCGACGACAUGGACAUAUUUGGAAAGGUCAUGAUAUAGCUUGGAGUAUCUGGGCGAACGCCAUCAUUACUGCACCAACUCACCAACACGAGGCAUUGAAGGACGAGCCAACACCUCCAGCUAACUGUUUGGACCUAUUUUCUAUGAAGGAAAGUGAACACAUCCGACGAACCCGACGAGAGUACCGUGUUGCUCACAACAUAAACGAUGGCUAUCAAGCGGAGGUUCGAAAAUUCGUAGAAGCGUUUGCCGAGCUGAAAGAAGCACAUCAACAUCAAGCUGUGAAGAUCACUGUACUCGAGAGGCACAUUGAAAAUCUUGCUCUCAGAAGCCAAAUUGGAGAAUCAUUCAUCAGUUCUGCUGAGUCAGCUUUGGAUGUCCGUGAGAAUGAAUUUUCUGCGGCCAUUGGCUCCAGAGUUAAAGAUUCUGAAGAUGUAGAUCACAUGUAGGUUCGAAGUGGAAUACCAAUCGAAAUUGGGUAUGAAUUUGUUGGGCAUUAUCCGAAUAUAUGUAAUGAGAAUGAAUAAAACAGAAAAUUUGUUUUAAACAUUUUUAUUCGCUUCAUUAUUUCAGUUAAUUUAACGUGAAUUCCAUCAGAUAUCAAUGCGUUUCUUACAGUUCUCUUCGAAUUCGUUGCUCAAUAAGCUAGCUUGGUCAUUUGCUGUAGGUUCAAAUUUACCACCCUGAAUGUAGCCACAUUUUCUGAACAAAUUGUUUAUGUUAUUAUUAGAAAACUGCUUCAUAAUUUCUGCUAUCGUAAUCUUGAGUUUAGUUUUUCCACUUUCAUCGUACU